GUGCUUUGGGAAAGUUUCAGAGGAACAAUCCGCCAACCUUUGAAGGAGCAUACGACCCUGACAAAGCACAGGCAUGGCUGAAAGCAAUUGAGAAGAUCUUUCGAGUCAUGAAUUGUACUGACGCGCAGAAGGUGCAGUUUGGCACCCAUAUGCUUGAGAAAGAAGCUGAAGAUUGGUGGGACAACACUGUUCAGAGGUUUGAAGGUGAUGGGAUGGAGAUUACUUGGGAUCUUUUCAAGGGUGCAUUUCUGGAGAAGUACUAUCCAGAAGAUGUGCGUGGAAAGAAGGAAAUUGAGUUUCUUGAACUCAAGCAGGGUAAUGGAACCGUGGCGGAGUAUGCUACAAAGUUUGAGGAAUUGAUUAAGUUUUGUCCCCACUACAAUACUGCCGAAGCUGAGAGAUCUAAGUGUAACAAGUUUGUGAAUGGUUUGAGACCUGAGAUCAAGAAGGUUGUGGGAUAUCAACAGAUUAUCCGAUUUUCUGACCUGGUUAACAGGAGUAGGAUAUAUGAUGAGGAUAGCAGGGAAAGUGCUGCUCACUACAAGUCUUUGAAAGAGAAGAAAGAAAAGGGGCAAUUCAGAGGGAAACCGUAUGGGAAUCCUGUUGAUAACGGUAAACAAGAAGCUGGUAAUGACAAGAAGCCGAGUGGGGGAGGAGCUCCUAAUCCGGUUAGGUGCUACAAGUGUGGUGUUGAAGGACAUCGUUCUCCUGAAUGUCCCAAUUCAGAAGCAACAUGAUUUAAGUGUGGCAAGCUGGGCCACAAAUCCUUUGAGUGCCUAGAAGGUAAAACUGUGGCAUGCUACAGAUGUGGAGAGCAAGGUCACAUCAGUACUAAUUGUGACAAACCCAAGAAGGAUCCUGCAAGGGGGAAGGUGUUUGCUUUAUCUGGUGCUGAGACUACUGCUGAGGAUAGACUAAUUCGAAGUAAUUAGGAGGAGUAGUCUAUAGCCUUUAUUUCGAGUUGGAGUCCUUGCUCUGAUACGUAGCACUCGGGGGGGAAAUGGACGCUUGUUUUCCUUCUGUUAUAAUUUGAAUUAAGUUGUUAUUUGAGAAGUUGUUUCUGUUUUAAGUUGUGGGCAAGAUACUAUGUUUUCUUUAAGUUUUAAAGACACUGGAUUCGCUGCAUAACUAUUUGUCAAAGUGAACUAGUUCAAAGACUAAUUAACUGUCACAAGAGCAUUUAAGUUUAUUUAUGAGUUCAUCUCAAAGUUUAUGUGCUAUGUAUCUGUUACAGGAGCAUUAUGAUAAUGUUUUAAGUGAUUAUGUAAUGCCCCAUGAGUGUUAGAAUU